CCGGCUGUAGCCGUUCAUUCACUUGAGCUCUCCCGGUGCCUUCCAGCACGGUGGCCGGGUGCUGAAGGGGAAAGUUCCGAAGGCAAACAUUCCAAAUCAGUCCUCACAAUUUUGGAACCGUGGGCAUUUUUAACAUCUUGGAACUUGAAAGACUAGGUCAAAAGCAGCAUCUCAAAUUCAAGAGAAAGUGAGAGACCCCAUGAAUGGUGAACCAAGUAACUUUGCGCCUGCGGAGCCCUUCCUUCUGAGCGCCCCGCCGUUCUACCCCGCGUGCUGCGGUGGGUCCUGUCGGCGCCCUGCAUCCCCGGCUGUCUUUCCAAGAGAAGAGAACAUGCUGCCUCUGCUGACACAGGACUCCAAUUCCAAAGCUCGGAGGGGCAUUUUAAGGAGAGCGGUCUUUUCGGAAGACCAGAGAAAGGCUCUGGAAAAGAUGUUUCAGAAGCAGAAAUACAUCAGCAAGACAGACCGAAAGAAACUUGCCAUCAACUUGGGACUUAAGGAAUCACAGGUGAAAAUUUGGUUUCAGAACAGAAGGAUGAAGUGGCGGAAUUCCAAAGAAAAGGAAGUGCUCUCCAACAGGUGCAUCCCGGAAGUCGGCCUGCAAGAGGACCCCCUGUCGCGGUCUGCUCUGGGUUUCGCUUCUCCAUGCCCUUCGCUGUGGGAAGUCUCCCAACAGCAUUCGAGCCCAAGAUGGAGGGAGAACUCUCCAGAACCUGCAGAAAGAUUCAUCCAGGAAAGUUCAAAGGCCCUGCCGCCCGAGGAAAAUUCAUUGCAAGGUGCCUUGUAUCUGUGCUCUGCGGAAGAAAUUGGAGACAAAGGCGUUCUUUCUGCUGCCAUCUGAACGGAAGCAUUCCUCCACGUUAAUUUAAAAGAACACUUAACCAAUAAUGUUUGGACUCUAAAGCCAGUUAGCUUGUGCCUCACUGAUACCUAAAACCUAACAGCUUUGAAAUGAUGCGUGAACUAAUGCAUUAGGAAACCCACUCCUGCGUUCUCGUACUCAGCCCUAGACCCACACUUAAUUUGUAAGUGGAGUAGAACCUCCCCGGAAGUACAGUACAUUGCAACUGAAAAGAAUACAAGCAAGCUUUGGCUCAGUCCCUGCUCUGAGAAUGUGUAUAUAUGUGUGUGUCUCUCUGUGUAUAUAUGUAAAUAUUCAUUAAAAUACAUUAGUACA